AUUUUAUAUUAAACAGUAUUAAGCAUUUCGAUAUCUUUGAGGUUUGAACCCUUCAGAAGAUGUCAAAGGGAACAUUGUGGUUACCACUUUUAUGGCUUUUUUACAAUAUUUUAGGAAUUGGCGCUCAAUAUAAACGUAUAUACGUCAAAAGUGGUAAUUCUCACAAUUUUACUUGCCUACUUGAUGAUAUUUCUACUAUACAAUCGUUGAAAUGGUUGUUUAACAAUACUAGAAAAAUAGCAUAUGUAACCAACCUUUCCGAUGUUAUUCUCGGCCCUAAAUAUAGGUUGAGAGCCACUAUAUUUGAUAACAAAAAUUUAAUAUUGCAAAAUCUAACAUCAAAUGACACUGGGCUCUAUAAAUGCAUAAUAGACAGAAAUAAUAAUCGUCUUGUUCAGGGUAUAUAUCUGAUAGUUCAAGAUGACAUAGAAUUUGAAAAACUCACUGUGGUUUUGCUCAAAAAAGCUAAGUAUCCUACUUUUAAGAUUAAGUGGAAAAAUUACAAUUCAAGGUCACAUAAUUCUACCUUUACUUAUGACACUGAAUACAGGGAAGGAUUAAAUACAUCUUGGAAAAAAUUCGAUAAUAAUUUAACUAUUAAUCUAACAAAUAACUCUAUAGAGGGGAUACAAGAGUUUAAAAAUAUGAAGACUAAUACAGAAUACACCUUAAGAAUAAUUGCUUCUGAUAUGUAUGGUUCCCUUAUUUAUAGUAAAGCAUCCGAUUCUGUUAUUCUAAUUGGCGAUGAUAAAAAAAAUAAGGUCACAAUCAAAACGAAUACAUCAAAAAAUCGCACGAACAUGAGUGCCACAAACAAAAUAUUAAAUAAUCGACACCCAUUUUCACUUUUUAAAUUUUCUCACUCAUUAAAAGGCCAAUAUAUUAAUAUUAAUUGGUUUUCCACUCACGGGGUAAACAAUGGAGGUAACCUAGUUGGAUAUUUGAUCAUCGUAGAACGAUCGAAAUUUGACGAAUCCCACGAAUCAUUGAUAAAUGAUACGGAAAUAUUUCAAUUGGGAUCAGACGAUAAUAUUAAAGCGACUCCUAAUCACGUAAUCGCUCGUCAUGACGGCGAUAAUAAUUAUCGGAUCGAUCUCAAUAAGUUUUUUGAGGAUUCUAGUAUAGCUAUCGAUAAUGUAUCCGUUAAAACAGCUGUAGUAAGACUAUUAAUUUUGUCGAAUACCGGGAAAAAGGAUAUCAUUAACGACAACAUUAUUCACGGAAUAAAUGACCGUGAUAAUAUUUUAAACGAAAAUAUCAAUGACGAAAUAUGGAAUGUUACUUUAAAAAAUAUAGAUCCACUUACCAAAUAUAAAUUUUCUAUAUAUUCUUUGGACAAAAAUGAGAAAUAUGAUGGUAUUCAAUCCUUUGUCGAGAGGACCGAUGUAAAAGCUCCUAGCCCUCCUUCUAUCAUUGGAUUGCACUUCUUGGAGAAUUCAACCACCCAGUAUUUUUCCGCUAACGAAUCUCAUUUCGUCUUUGUUAAUUAUAAUAAUGAUAGCCGUCAACAAAAUAUAUCGGGACAUAAUUUGAAAUCAAUUUCCGCUAUUUUGACUUGGAAGCCCAUCGCAGACGAUAAAAAUGAUAGAAGUUAUGAUCAUAUUAUCCCCGAGGAUUAUAUUAUAGAGGUCUAUUCAAAAACCAAAAGUCGAGAUAAGGUGUCCAAAUAUUCCUUAAGCUCCAUUUUUAAAUACUCCUCUCGCAAAGAAAACUUAAAGGAUAUUCAAAAAUUGAUUAUCAACGAUUUGGUUCCUGGCACACCUUAUUACAUUAGAUUAGCUGGUUUGAUUCAUAGUAAAUUAGUCGAAAAUAAAGUAAUUGUUGGAAAAUUCAGCCAAUUAAAGAGAUUUCACAUGUUAGAUGAAAACAAGUUAAAUCUUUUCCGAGGAAACCGCCUAUUAUUUGAUUUGCAAAGGGUUGGAUUUAUAUCGCAUAACGCUAGUUUUGUACCCGCCGAUAAAGCCAAUUCAAAUAUAAGUUAUCAUAUGGUAGAUGAUCAGCUGGGGAUUAUCACUGGCAUAUCGCUUUCAGUUGUUUUCGGAAUUUUCGCCUUUUUCAUGUUAUUCACUUGGAGGCGUUAUCAUAACAAGCAAAAGUAUUCCUUCCUACCUUCCCCGCCUCCGGUGCCUAAGGAAACGGAAGAGACUAUGGCAAAUUCUACAUUCGCUACCAAAAAGGACCCAGAACGUUCCGGAAUCAAAAUACCCAAUUUCCACGCUAAAAAGCCGAAGGAUACGAUUGUCAUGCUGGGAAACAUGAUCGAGGGGAUAGGGGACGCUUCUAAAAUGACGCUCAAAUUAUUCCACAACAAAACAAAACUCGAUUAUGACAAAAAGGUUCAAAAAGAUGAUAUGAUUAUUAAUAAUUCUAACUUAUCGAAUGGUCCGCUUACGACAAACGAAUCUAAAAUCCCGCAAAAUCCCUUAAAAAUUUUCCCAAACUUUAGAAAUAAUAACAAUAAUCAAACCCCCAUAUUUUGGCGACAAAUUUGGACAAAAUGGCGGCGCCCUCGUGAUCGUCGCCAUCAGUUUUUAUGCAGAAUACAUGCCACGUUAUCACGUCAGCAGGUGCCAUGUAAAGACGAAGGGAAUGGGUGCGAAGAAGCUGAGCGCGAUGUUACGCCUAAAAAUAUUGCCAAUGAAUGGAUAAACGCCAUAGAGAAUUCGAAUUACAAGGAGAGAUGCACGGACAUCGUGGUUGAACGAUUCGGUCAUUACGUCCGCCUAAUGCACACCAAUUCAGAUCAAGGCUUUUGUGACCAGUUUCUCUCUAUCGUCAGCAAAAGUCGUUCCACGGCCUCCAACUUUAAUCUCAAUAACGGUAUUAAUAAUGCCAACCGCGAAAUAUCGGCCAAAAAUAAAACCAAAAACCGAUACGCCAAUAUAUUCGCUUACCCCCAUACUCGAGUAUCCCUUAUCUCCGCCGCUUUGUCAUCUCCCCCUCGAGAAAACGGGGAUUUAUAUGGUAUCAUUAAUCCUAUGCUAAAAUUUAGCCAUGGGGAUAACGGCAAGGAAUUGGGAUUAGAAGUAGAGGAAACUAUAAUCGAUAACGGUUUUGGUGAUAAAGUUAACAUUAAUAACUUCAAGGAUAAAUUAAAUUGUAAUGACGAAAUUGGUUCGGAAAAGCGUGGAAUAGCCGUUGAAGACGACUAUAUAAAUGCCAAUUUUAUAGAGGGGUUCAACGGGCACGAAAGGUCUUACAUAGCCACUCAGGGACCUUUGACCAACACUAUAUCCGAUUUUUGGCGCAUGGUUUGGCUUUACCGAAUAGACUCUAUCGUCAUGAUAACUAAUCUGGUCGAAAGAGGAAAGGUUAAAUGCGACAAAUAUUGGCCUAACGAAGACGUGGAGAAUGUGGUGGACGUAUACGGAGACAUAAGCGUUAAACAUUUGGGCACUCAGAAAAGGGCUUUUUACACUGUCAGAACUUUUGAAAUAAAAAAUAUUGGGUCACGUAAACAGAACUCAUCUAACAUUCCCGACGACAACUCUGAUUCGAAAUCCAACAAAGAUUUGCCCAAUAACAACGAAAACUUAUAUGAUUUGACCUUUAACGCUGGAAAAAUCACGCUUAGUGGUGUUCCAAAAACAAAAAAAUGGCGGCGCCGGGUUUCCGAUGAUAUUUUUCCACUACUUUCUACCAAGAACUUAGAUGACAUAUCCAACGAUACAAAUGCUUCGAACGAUGUUAAAUUGGAUAAAAAUUUCUCGAAAGAAGAGGAAGUUAGCACGAAAUAUUUACACUUCGAAGAAGAUGGUAACAAAAAGUGCCUCCUUCGAAAUUCAUCUCCCUUGCAGAUUCACGUCGACGAGUCAAAUAAUUCAAAUGGCCAACAAGGAAUUGCGAAACUGGGAGAUGAUACAAAUUUCGUUAAAAAUAAAGAACUGAGUGGGAAAUUCGAUAUAAACAACUCCAAAAAUGCGAAUUCUAACAUAUUGCGAGAAAAUCAUCUGGCCCCUAGGGCCUUUUUCGAUAAAAACUCGGCCCGUGACUCCACAGCCAGUUUUGUCAUAUCUUCCUCCAACUCUUUUAAUCUCCCCUAUCCUCAAGGUGACACCACCAAUCUUAAAUCCCUCGCGGAAUCUAUUCAAGGAAACGACCCCAACGACGGCCGUAUCAUAGUCAAACAAUAUCAUUACACGGAAUGGCCAGAUCACGGGGUACCUCGUUUUACGCUCCCUCUAUUAAAUUUCAUUCGACUCUGCGGUCAUUCCAAUACCGAUGAGAAUUCUAAUCUUAAUGGGAGUAACAUCGAAAUGGAUUCGAGAAUUAAGGAUAAAGUUGAGAUAUCAAAAUCGAAUCUUAAAGAUGAUGUUCUUACUCUUAAAGCGAAACCCCCCAAAACCAUAUUGGUGCACUGCAGCGCGGGCGUAGGUCGAACUGGUACCUUUUUUGUGAUAGACGCCAUGUUGCAAAAGAUGCGUCAAAGCAAUUGUUUGGACAUUUACAACUACUUAUCCCGCAUUAGGACCCAGAGAAAUCAUUUGGUUCAAACCGAGGAACAAUUUAUAUUCAUUCAUGAUGCCCUUAACACUGCAAUAAAAUUAGGUGAUACUGCAACUAGCUUCAAGGCUAUAGAAAAUCUCGUUAAUGCUUAUUUUGCUUCAAACGGUUCUGCAAAAAAUUUCUAUUCAGCCCAAUACAGCCAGCAAAAAAGUGAAGGCAAACUCGACAAAAUGCUGGAUCUAUUCAGCGAGCCGGAUGAUGACAAAAAUCUUUGUCAAAGGUUAGUCGAUCAAGCAGCUUGCUUGAUCGAAUCUAACAGGGAAUUUGAUUUAAUGAGUGUCAAAAAUUCGGAUGAGAGCUUCAAAAACAAUCAAACUUUUGUUAGCGGGCUGAAUACGUUCAACCUCAGGAAAAAUAGGGCCUACCUUAACAUACUCCAACGUGAUAAAGGUGACGAUAUGAAUAAUACCGUAAUCUUGCCUGACGAUAUAUGGAGAGUGUACUUGACUCCUAAACCCACUCUCCAGGGAUCGGACUAUAUCAACGCUUCUUACUUGGAAGGUUAUUUUUCCCAAAAAGAUUUUGUGAUCACUCAGCAUCCUACACUUGAUACCAUUCAAAGUUUUUGGCGAAUGAUCUGGGAAAAUAACGUUGCUCAUAUAUUCCUUCUCAUAUCGCCCAACGAAGAACAUCCGACUCAAGUGCACCAAGAAAACGAUUAUAAUACUUCUUCUACUGCCCACGAUAUGUACCUUCCAUUCUGGCCUGCAGUUGAAAAUUACUUGAGUUUCGAGGGUAUAAAGGUAUUUUGCCUGGACUCCAUCUCCAGAUCUUCAAAUAAUAAUAAUUCUAUAGCCGAUAAAUGCAACAAAGCUGACGAUCUAUUUUCUAUCGUUAACUUCUCAUUGGAGUCAGAUGAUGAAGAUUACCAGCUCCUUACUAAAAUGUACAUUUGCAAUUCAUGCCAUUUGCCAUCUUGGUUUACUAAAAACCUUUCUUCUAGCAAACAACAUCUUUCCAAUGGCUAUAUUUUUUCGCUUGCCGAUAACGAAAAUCGCAAUUUUUAUAAACUAGUUUCUACCUUAGCUAAAGAAUUAUCUCAUAAUAAUAGGAUUACCUUUGAUAAAUCGCAAACCAAUGUAAUAAAAAAUCAAUAUGAAGAUGGAUCUGUUCCAGCUCCUAUAGUUAUGAUCGAUAGAUAUGGUGGACUAGAAGCUGCGAUUCUGUGUCUGCUUGCUUCAACCUAUCUCGAAUAUUUGAAAGGUGAUGGUAAAUUCGAUCUUUUCCAGCUGACUUACAAUUACAACAUUAAAAGGAUUAAUUUAUUUACCAGCACCGAUGAUUUGUUCAAACUAUACUGGGGAAUGCAUCAAAUUUUACAAAUGCAUAAUUCAAAUUCUCGGUACAUCUAACUCGAUUAUGGUUCAACUCGAGGAAAUUGCCGUUUAACAGCUGAUUUAUUUCAAUUUCUAUUCGUCUAUUUAUAAUCACAUGACUUGUCCGAUUUUAUAGGUUAUUAAUAAACAAAUGGUUGUAAUUUAAUUUAAACCUAUUUUUUAAUAUAUUUUAGCCAUAACCCAUAUCUUUCAAACUUUAUCCCAAUCCAUAUCUUUAAUUUUUAAUCCUAUUCCUUACUUCAGAGAUACUUGUUUAAUUUUAAACAUAUUUCAACCAAUUAAAAAUAUCUUUUUUAGUUGAACAUUCCUUGAGUUGAGCUUUUAUCAUCUAAUUCGACAUAAUACCAAAUAUUUUUUUUAAGUCAUAAUAUUAUUCAUUUUUCUUUGUGAACAGCACCUCACCAUUUCAUUUUUUUUUAAAUUUUGUAUUCUUAGUUCAAAUUAAACCUACUAAUUUCGAUUAUGUUAUAUUAAAUAUAUUAUUACUUUAAAAAUUAAACUUGACUUUAUUAUGGUAAUAUUUUUUAUUUAUUUAUUUUGCAUGACAAAAUAACUAUAUCAUAAUAUCAAAUUUUAAAAAAAUCAUACAAAUGUCAAAGUAUUAUAUCUCAAUAUUGUAUUAACAAAUAAUAGAAUCAAUAAUAUUAUAUUUUUAUAUGCAUCGUUCAUAUUAUCACAAUCAAAAGAAAAAUGAUUUAUAUAUAAAUUUCUUGAGCCAAAUCUUUGUUUAAUAUCCUAGAAUUUGUAGAAGUAAAAUUAUUAUUACAGCUGACAAACAAUAAUACUCAAUUUAAUUUUUAAAAAUUGUUACCAUUUCUUAGAGUAUAUUAUAUUUAAUCAUUUUCUCUGUAACAACCAAUCUCCUGCCACAUUGUAGUAUUAUUUAUUUUUUUAGCUUUUUCAUUCAUACAUAUUGACUUAAUUUAUGAUUUAUUUUCCAAGUGUACGCUUUAUUAUUAGAAGACAGAAAAUUUUGUUAUUUACUUAUAUAUAUAUUAAAAAGUAAAAAAAAAUAAUCGUUGAUUUUUUUUGAUAACGUUCGUAUUUAAUGUAUUUGUAUAUUUCUUAAAAUAUUAUUUUUUAUCAUAAUUCCGAAUUGUUUUGUGAAAAUACAUUGCACCCUAAUUUUUUAUAU